GGACGAAUGAUUUGCAUACAAAUUAUACAAAAAGUGUGUUUUGAAGCUGUAGUCAGAAACACUGAUAUAUCGUGAACAUAUCGUGAAAUUACUACGGAUUUUGGAGAGUUUUGUUGAAGGUAUGUUGUAACAGGUAACACACCUGUGACGUAUAAUUGAUGCGACGCCUCAGUCGCGUGACGAUUGUACAAUUUUGUUCAUCACACUAAACGACAAGGACAGUGCAAGUAUUUGCCCAUUUGUUGCUGAUGAUGAGGUGGAUGUUAUCUCAAAGAGAAAUCGUCGAAUGGCGGCAGGAAGACAUCGAGGAAAUUAUUCUAAAACGGAAUGAGACACGACAGAAAAGACUCCAAGUUGAGGAGGAAACACGCCGAUUGAAGGUGGAACUACAGGAGAGGGAAUUGUUGCUGAUUGAGAGGAAGGAAGUUAUAGAUAUGCUACAGCAAUUUGGUGUUCUUCUGCAAGAGGAAAGAGACCUUACUAAACGACUGAAUGACGAGGCUGCAGCGCAGGGAAAACAACAGAGGGAGUUACGGGAAAGAAUAGAGCAUGCCCAAAUUAAGAUUCAAAGCCUCUCAAAUGAGAAAUUUGAGUUGGAACAGCGUCUGCAAAAGACUACAAUUCACCAAGCGGCAUCACAAAAUUCGAACGAUUGUCCAACCACCCGAUUGAAGAAAAAACAAAGAAUACCCAAGUAGCUUUGCUGCUUGUUGUUUUGAGUGUUUUUGAUUUGUUUUGUUUUCUAAUAAAGAUGUAUUUUAAAUGAA